AUGAUACUCAGGCGGCCGACGAUGAUGUGGGUGUCGGUGGCUCUCUUAGGGAACACACUUGGAGUGAGCGGGCAUGUAGCUGCAUGGCACAAAGGCAUGUACUGCCUUAAUGGAACCACCCCUGGUGUGGACGACAGUAACACCAACGCCGCUGUUCAGCCUUUGUUCCAGCUUCAAGAGUCGGAUUGGUGGUUUCAUCACGUUAAUGAGUGCGACAUGUUCCCUCCCACAAAAGGAGAUUUUCUCGAACUACCUGCGAACGGCGAGUUCACGGUUGAACUCGCGGUCAAUCGAGCUUUCACGACGCUUUCCUACAAUGGGGCGAACACGGCGACAUUUGGUGAUGGGAAGGAUCACCCAGGUCUAGGGGUAACGCUAGACGGGAAGGCGGAUGGUGACGCGUGCAUCUCGGACCCCAACAUUCACACGCAGAAUGAGACGAUGGCGGCUGGGACCAUUUUCGCUAUCUCCUACGUUUCUGACCUGACACAAGUGACGAAAGAGAACCUCGUCGUCUUCACAGCUUUGUACCAUACACCUUGGCGCCGACUUGCAACCUACAAAGUACCUAAUCUGCCCGCCUGCCCAGAGGAAGGAUGCAUCUGUGCGUGGGGUUGGGUCCCAAGAGGCUGCGGCGAGCCGAACAUGUACAUGCUUGGCUACCGCUGUCGUGUUGUGGGCGACACUGGAGACGCGGCAGUUGCACCUGGAAAGCCUCCUGUAUGGUGCGAGGAUGACCCCAGUCGAUGCGUAAAGGGUGCGAAACAGAUGGUUUUUUGGAACCAACUUGAAGGCAAUAACGUCCAGGUGUCCGGUGUCGAUUUGGCCGGGGAGCCGAAGGCACCGACGUACAAUAUGCGGAUGGGCUUCGCUGACGGGCCACAGAACGACAUCUUCGCAGAGAGGGGCUCCGCGAACCCAACCUACAUCGCGCCUGCGCCAACGCCCACACUAAGUGGAUCUGCGUCGAGCAAGACACGCGGGAUCAGCAUAAUGGCCGUCGUACUCUCCGUUUUACUGGUACAAAUUAGGUUAUAG